CUUGUAUAAAGUACUAUAAAGAUGAGUAAUUACAAGUUAAAAAUGGUCAUUUUAUGAAACUAUCACUAUAUUUAAAGGACAGGUAAAUACUUUUGGUCUACGCUAAUAUUAAGAUAGGCCAAAUCCACACGAGUCUUUUUGCACAUAUUUUAAUAUUAUAUAUACUCUAAUAUAAAAUGUAUUUAUAAAGUAGAUUAUAAAUCGAUGGAAAAAUAUAAUUAACACUCAGAAUUAACUACAUUUAUUAAUUAUAGUGUUUAUAUUAAUACUAGAGUUUUCAAAUAAUUACAUACUUUCUCUAAUUGUUGUAGCUUAGUAACAAAUAUUAGGAUUAAUGUAAUUGUUUGAAAAGUUUUCACAAUAAUUAAAAAACCCUACAUAGAUUCUUCCACUUAGACCUUCAAAACAAAAAAAAAACCUAAAAAAGCAAGUCAAUAAAAAGACUCACACUAACCGACUUUCCGAAACCGCGUCAAAUUUAAAACCGUUGUAAUGUAAACCGCCUCCUCAAUCAUCAUAAUUCAUACGCUACCUGUGGCAGCUACUCCUAUAAAUACUUCUCCACCAAUUUUUGUACGCUAAUGAUUUAGGUUUUCCUCUUUACUGUCUUUAAUUUGUUCUCGAUUGCUCAAUUUCAGAUUAUUUAUGUUCUUGCGAAUUUCAAUUUCCGUUUUCGAUUGAUUCUUUGUGGUGUGAUUUUGGUGUGCGCAGCACCAUAAUGACACAUACAGCUCUAUGCUUCAGGUUUCAUGUUUUGAUCUUGUAGUCGACUAUCUCAAUUCUCAACUGGUGUUUUGGUUUUCCUUUGAUUCUUACUUUUACGAGUUCUAUGUUUCAUAUUGUGUGUCGUUGCAUUCAUUGACAUGAUAGUGGUGACUCGGAGGUUCAAAGUUCAAAGUUGGUGGAUUACAUAAUUCUUUUGCUCAGCUUCUUGGAUAAAGUAACUAACUAACUAACUAUAUUAAUUUUAAAUUUUAAAUAUCUCUUGCACAUUCUAAGUUUAUCCUUAUACUUCAGGUGCAUUUUCCAUCGAUGUUUAAUGGUGUCCGGUGCUGGUAUCUUGCUUUGUGUGUCUUAUGGUUGAGGUCAUUGGGUUUUUGUUAUAUACAUAGUUCAUCUUUUUUCAGUUUUACUCAGCAGAUUCUUUCGUGAGAAAUAUUUAUUCUAGUGAGCGAUGAUAUGAUGGUGGUGUUGCAGACUGCUCAAUAUAGGGGCUUUGUUUAUCCAUGUCUCACUUUGGUUCUGUCUUAAAUUGGUUUGUGCAGAAACAUCGAGAGUUAUGGGGUUGGAUUUUCCUUUUUUUUUUUCAGGUUCAUUCUUGUAUCACCUUCUGUCCGAUUGACGCUUGGGGUGUCUUUUUGAGUUAUGGAAACCUAAUCAAUUUUGUGUUAGUGAAGCCUCAAUGGCUGGAAUAGGUUCAUUCAUGACGUUGUGUAAGGUGUAGUGGUGAUGGUUAAGAAUUAACGAACUGCACAUCAAUGUGUUGAUAUUGUUUCAUGGUGUUGAUUAAAUUAUUUUCUGCUUAGUACAGAAUGCUCAUGUAAGUUCACCUAGGAAUUUGUAUCUCUAUUCUAUGUACUAUGUUUGUGUUUGUGGGUGUGGGUGUGGGUGUGGGGGAGGGGGGUUAAUAUUGGUUUGUGAAAAUUUCUAUGUGGUUAUCUUGAUUCUAUUGUUACUUGUGAUGUUUGUCUGUGCUUCGUGAUUGAAUUGCACUUGUCUCUUGCUUUAAUUUAUAUCGCAUUAUUUUUGUGAUUUUGCUCCACAUGGUUGAUGCAUAUGUCGCAAAUUUUGAUCUUGAUCUCAUAGUAGGUGUUAUCAAUGAUUCUUGUGGGUCUAAUUGGCAUUUUAGUUGAUGUUAUGGUUAAGAUCACUAUUUUGGCUUUUACAGUUUAAUAUUUUUUGGUACUUCUAUUGGGGUACUUGUUGAAUCUUGUCUUUCUUUGGCUAUAUGAUUUUGCUUGUCUCUAGAUUUGGUUUGUGUAUUCGGGGAUUUGCUGAAACUUGUCAUUGUUAGGCCAAAUUAUUUUGCUUUCCUCUAGAUAUGCGGAUUGUCUUUUGAAAAUAAUGAGAAAUCUUUCUGUUGACUGAAAGGAACGUAUAUUAUACCUGGCCUGAAAAAUUAAGCUUUGCUUUCAUGGCAUCAUUUCAUGAUUUAUUUGCCAUUUCUGAUGUCAUGUCGGUCGUAGGUUCUGAGGAGAUCUGUAUGGGUGCUGAUGGGUUCUAUUCUAUGCUCCCUGCUGCAGCCAUAUAUGCUUUUUUGUGUCAUUCAUCUUUUGGCUGCACAAUGAUCAAUUUUGGGAGGUCUUGUGUUGAUUUAAGAGGGAGUUUAUUUGUUUUGGAGAUGUGCUCUAGUAUAUUAUCAGUUAUUUUUGAGAUCUGCUUUAGUAUCUUGCAUGGAAACUCUGAAUUUUCUUUGAUAUUUCAGUUGAUGCUGGACAUUGAGUAGUCUUUGCUGCGAGCUGGUUUGUUCAUCUCUUUUGAGCUAUAUGGGUCGUACAAUAUCUUACAUCCUUAAAUUUGUUGACACGAGAUUGGUAAUGCAUCCCAAUGCUUAUGGAUUAGGUUAUUCGCUUAACUGCUAUAUAACUUUAAUUAGCUUUUUUGCAUCUUUGAGUAAUUUAUUUGUUGUGCUGAUUCCAAGUUUAUCCUUCUGCUUUAGGCCCAUGUUGAUCUUAAAGUUACUGAAUGUUCAUUAAGUAUAUGGUGCCGGCGUAUUUCUUUCCCGCUUUGUGUUUCUCUUAUGGUUGUGCUCAUUGGUUAAUAUACAAAUUUCUGUUGUUCUCUACAUAUAUGAUUCACCUUGUACGUUUGGCUUCAGCAGGUUUCUUGAAAAGGCAUUAAUAUGUUUUGGAUGACGUACAACUUAAUUGGGUUUUGCUUGUCCAAUUUUUCAGCUUUGGAGGUCUAUCCUUAAUUGGUCUUUGCAAAAAACAUUCAGGUUUGCGAUGUGUCUAAUAUAAUUGUGCAUUGUGGACUUCUUCUCGGCCUUUGUUUCAUUCUUAUAUUAGCUUUUUUUUGUGUGGUGUUUGUUAUGAGUUAGAUUAUAGGGUCGAGAAAAGAGGAUCCUUUUGGUUUAAGCUAUAUGAAAUUUUUCUAAAGCUGUUCUCUUUAUUCGUUAAUAGUUCUGGACUUUCCACAUGCUCUUGAUAUAGUCUUAUGUUUGAGGGUUAUUUCUGUGGUUCUACUUAAUUUUUUUUGGUUUUGUUUCUUGACACCACUACAGUACAGCUGAUUGAGGAUGAAAAGUUUUGGAUAGGAUGUCAUUCAUUUCUUCUUAUUUGUUUUUAUUCCUUUUUUGUGCUGGUUUACUAUUAUUUCUACCUACAUCUGUUCUUGCCUUAAUGUUUACAUUUUUCCUAUCGUUUGUGAUUAUGGUUGUGGACCUUUGAAUGCUUAUAAAUUAUUUUCAAUACAGUGUAUAAUGCAUUUUCUCUUGAUAGUAGUUUAUCUUUAGUUGGGGGUUGGUGAGCUGGUCCUCUGCUAGGAUAUUGUUGUUUGGUAGAUACUCUUCUUGUUCCUGUGUGUUGUCUUGGAGUUUCUUUGAUUUAUGUAGAGGUAUAUAUGUUACUAAUUUGUAGCGACUUUUUUUUUUUGUUUCCCUUCUCAGGGAUGUUAAAGUCAAGUGUCAGCGCACAUUCCAUAAGUCGUUGUGUAAGCGUAUGCGUUGUGAGGAUCCAUUUUUUUGGAUGAUUUUCCUUCUGGUAUUUGUUUCUCGUUUUGACUAAUGAUUUUUGAGAUGUUAUUGGUCAUUGGUGCAUUUUGAUAUACAAUAUUGUCUUUCAGAUACUAGUAUAUCUUUAGGAUUGGGGAGUCGCAGCAGGAAUGAUGGAAGUGGCAAAAGGGUUGGGGUUGUUGGAUUAUAUUGGAUCUCAUAGUUGCAGGACUCCUUCCACGGCUUUGGAAUUUUUUUAAAAUAGGAAGUCUCUGUAACUAAAUGUAUGCAUAAUGUUGAUGUCAGUGAUGUUAUUCCUGCCUUGCUAGAUUGAGCUCUUAUAGCAACCAGUGUAUGUGUAGUUUGUCUGUGUGUUUGCAGGCAUCCCUUUCUGCAAUAAGGAGUUUUCUCACUUUGUCUCAAUCUCUUACAACAAAAGGUUCAGUUUGAGCUGCAUAUAUGAACAAGCUUCGAUAGACUAUGGUUCUUACAGAAUAUGCUGGGGAGCUUGGGAACUUAUGGUAGGUUUGGGGUCUCGUGUUCUAGAUUUUUGUUGGCUACUUUGGUCUUUGAACAUGAAGAUUUUUUUAGGUUGGCGUGUGUGUUAUUUUUUUCAUUUACAUCAUGACCUAAAUGGGAUAUUUGUAUAUAUUUCCAGUGGUGUUUUCACCAGGUUUUUUUGGGGACAAGUUGAUUCAUUUUUGAACAGGAAAAAGCUGCUUCACGAGGGCCAUUGGAGUUCUUUUGGAGUGUAAUCGUGCUGGACUAGAUGGACUCUUCUUGUGAGGAAAAACGGGGGACAUGGAGGCAAAAAAGGGGAUCCUAUUGUUCCGAUGUUGGAUAAUAAGCCCAUGAGCUUGGUCUUACUUCACUGCCGAGAAACAAAAGAAGACUUCUACCUCCAAGUUUAACUCAGAUGUCGCUCGCUUAUCUUUGGGUGUGAAGCAGUGUCAAAUCAAUUUUGCUCAACUUUUCAUAUGUUGUGCUCCUUGAUAUUUGUGAGGUUUGAUGGAACACAUCUUUUUCUCACGUGUUUUCCUCUUCGUACGCUCUUGUUGCAAUGAAGCAUUUGGUUGCUGCUGAAUUUUGGUGGUUCAGGGAUGUACUGUUGGGAAAAGCUGUAAUUGUAGAGGGAGUUUCUUGUCCUGUCAGCCUCCAUUUUUAUCUUGGCACUUUUUAUACAUAUGCUCCAUUAGAUUGUUGUUUUUCUUUUUUGCAGAUUAAUUUUGUUAUGGUGGUGUUCAUUUGUCAAUGAGCCUUCAGUUCCGGUGAUUACAAGUAGAUUACAAGAAUGAAAGUCCAAAGAGAAUUCAAGCCCACUUGUGAAAGUCAACAAUAAGAAAGCAAAUUUGAAGAAGAGAAGAAGCACAAGCUCACGUGCCUUUAUUUGGUUAAAGCCUAAAGGAAAUCUAUCUUUUUUUAUUCCUCUUUCAUCAUCUCUAUAUACACUUAUACAGGGCAAACAAAAGAAAGAGGAAAUUGUUCCUACCUUCCUAAUUUCACGCAAAGAAUUGCAAGGGUAAUUUGUUUCCUAAUCUCCAAGAUACGAAGCACACACAAUAAGGGAAUUAUGGAGCAAAUCAAAGGCUACAUCUUUCUCUCCACAAGUAAUUUCCAAAAUGAUGAUAAUUGGGGAUUUUUCAAUUGGGUAUAUAAAUCCCUAAUUUCUACCAAAAGGACACACAAGCAGAGCGACAUAAAUUUAGAGUUGUGAGAGCAAGGUAGUAAUACAAGGAGAUCCGAGGCUACGAGAUUAAGGAGUAUUGCAAGAGAGUGGUCGACAUUGGUGGAGAAUCAAGUGUAGCGGCUGCCUUGAUACAUGAACACACGCUUACGACGUGAACGAUUGUUGUUUGAUCCAGAAAUAGAGCGGACAGCCAGAAAAACAAGGAAAGAAUUCCUAGAAAGACAACGAGAAGAACGUCUUUAUCUUGAGAACUUAUUCAAAGACGAAGAAGAGAUGGGUGAUGAAAGAACCUUGAAGGAGCUAGCUGCACCUAAACUGGAUGAUGAACCACUUGGAAUUGUUUUUCCAACCUUGGAGAAACCUCUAAAGUUAAACUCAGGUUUUCUCAACCUUUUACCAAAAUUCUAUGGUCGUGGAGGUGAGGAUCCGAAUCGAUUUCUUAAAGAAUUUUUGGUUGUUUGUUCUUCUAUGAAACCUGAAGGUAUUGAUCCUAAUCAUGUCAAACUACAUUCUUUUCCAUUUUCAUUGUUUGACAUAGCUAAAGAUUGGUUGUAUUCCCUCCCUCCUGGAUCAAUUACUACGUGGGAUGCACUACAAAAAGCUUUUCUAGAAAAUUUCUUCCCUGCUAGUAGAAUUGGAUCCAUUAGGAAAGAGAUUUGUGGUGUCAAACAACAUUCUAAUGAGUCAUUAUAUGAAUAUUGGGAACGUUUUAAGAGACUUUGUGCUUCUUGCCCCCAACAUCAAAUUAGUGACCAACUUCUUAUCCAAUAUUUUUAUGAGGGUCUUUUGGGUAACGAUAAAAAUAUGAUUGAUGCGGCUAGUGGGGGUGCUUUAGUUGAUAAAACACCUACACAAGCUAGACAAUUAAUUAGUAACAUGGCCAAAAAUGCUCGACAAUUUGGCUCACGUAGCGAUGUGAAAACAGUAAAUGAAUUUGACUUAACUUCUGUUAAAAGUCAGUUACAGGAAAAUGCACAACAAAUAGCCACCCUCACUACAUUGAUGUCUAAGUUUGUUGGGAAUGAAUCUAAGGCUAAAGUUUGUGGUAUUUGUUUUGAUUUUUCUCACAAUACUGAUGCUUGUCCUACUGUGCAAUCUGAAAAUGUGAAUGCAUUAGAAGGUUUUUCUGGUCAGCCCCAAAGAAAAUAUGACCCCUUUUCACCAACUUAUAACGAAGGUUGGAGAGACCAUCCGAACUUAAGAUAUGGACAUAAACCUCAGUUUACUCAAGCUAAUCCUCGACCUUUUGUUCAUCAAAACCCUCAAUCUCAACCUUCUAACCUUCCUUAGAAGACUUAGUGAAGCAACUUACCACCCAAAUUGGCCAAGUCCAUAAUCAAAAUAUUGAGUAUCAAAAGAAAACUGAUUCCCAUCUCCAACAACUUGACACCCAGAUUGGUCAAAUUUGUACUUCUCUAAGUAAUAUAGAAAAUCAUGUGUCAGGGAAACUACCAUCUCAACCUUUGCAAAAUCCAAGUAAACAAGUUAAUGCAAUCUCACUAGAAAGAAGCACCAUAAUGGAUGAGCCUUUAGGAAAUUUGAAUGAAGAUGAAGUUAAUGAAAUCCAGGGAAAUAGAAUUCCGUUAUUAGAUGCAAUAAAGGUGGUUCCUAAAUAUAGUAAACUCUUGAAUGAUUUUCUCACUACAUCUAACAAACACAAAGGAGAAGAAGUUUUGACACCUCUUAUUAUGCACCCCCAAAAUGUGAAGACCCUGGAUCAUUCUCAAUUCCUUGUAGGAUAUGUGAGACUAUUUUUCGACAAUGUGUGUUAGAUUUAGGAUCUGCAGUAAAUGUUUUGCCCUUAUCUUUAUAUGAUAAGUAUAAGAUGGGACCAUUAAAGACUUGUAGUGAGAUACUUACUAUGGCUGAUGGUAGUAGUGUUUGUUCUGUCAGACUAUUAGAGAACAUUCUCGUUCAAGUCAAGCACAUGUGCUUUCUGGUUGAUUUUAUUGUUAUCAAUGUAAUGCAUAAUUCUGAGAUUUUAUUAGGAAGACCAUUCCUAAAGACUUCAAAAGCAUUAAUUGAUGUUGCUCACAACUGUGUCACUCUUGAGAGCAAUGGAGAAAAACUGAAAUUGAAUGUAUUUGAACAGGAUGGUUCUGACAUAGAGUCAGGUGCUACUAAUUAUGUUGCUUAUUGUCUUGCGCAGCUUGGUCCAGAAAAUUUGGAGAUUUUACUAGAUGAGAUGGUGCAUGAUGUCGGACUAGAGCACAUGUUGAUGAAUGCUCUAAAUGAAAUCAAUUUGCUAGAAUGAUGAUAGAAGUACGUCGCGCCAACGACGUAAACUAGAGGCGCUACUUGGGAGGCAACCCAUGACUGUUUUAUUUCGUUUAUAUAUUCAUUCCUUUCUUCCUUUUAGGACCUGUUUUGCUGAUUUUCUUUCUUUUCUUUCCUUUUUGAUAUUCACAAAUUUCCUUUUUGAUGGCGACCACCUUGGAAGUCAUGUUCCAUGCUUACCUAGCCCUUUGGAUGCACUACAAAACACCAAACUCAUUGGUCCAACACAUCUUUGAUAGCAGUACACCGCACGUACCAAGGCGUUGUAACCUGCUCCAGAUUCAUCAUAAAACCACUGCUCUAUUACACCUUAUUUUGCUGUCCAUACUCUCUACAAAACAAAUGUGGAAAUCAUUUGGAUGAUGAGCGGCCAUAUGACUUCAAGUUGUGUUUCACGUAUUGACAACCAGUUACAAGGGAGUGCUCUAGCUCACCUUCAGCUCACACAUAAUGCCAGAAACUUUGAUAUCAGAAGUGAACAACCAGCUAAGUUCCUUAAUUCUUUUCUUAAUUUUUUUUUUCUUUUCUCUCUUUCUUUGCUCUCAUUUUAUUUUUCCUCCCCUCUUCCAUUGAGGACAAUGCUCACUUUAAGUGUGGGGGACGACACAUCUUCCAUAUGGGAAAACGUCAUCUUUUAAGGGAGAUCAUGCCCAAAUUUUGAAAGAAUCAGUCUAGUUUUUAUUGCAUAUGCAUAGUAGUUUUACAUUUGCAUUCAUACAUAUAUAACAUAAACUUUAGGAAAAAAAAUAUAUAUAAAAAAAAGAGCAAAAAUCAAAAAAAAAAAAUAUAAAUAAAUGUAUUUUUUGUUUGCAUUAGUUUUAGAUUUUUCCACCUCUUUAUUUCCUAAGUGAUGGCUAUUACUAUAAGUUGAUAAGAAACUCUAAUCUAACAUGUUUUUAAAAUAAAAUGUUUUUCCAAAUAAAAGAUUUUGGAAUGUCUAAUAAUUGGAAAAGAAUGACAGGACUUGAGAAGUUCAUAAUAUCAUUGUGUGUUAUAUCACCACAUUAAGCAAGAAAAAAAAAGCCUACUAUCAAAUUUUUCAUAAGUGAACCAAUCUAAGCAUUGUUUUCUUGUUCAAAGUCACGAAAUAAACGAGCCAUCAGCCAAAAAAAAAAAAAAACAAUGUAUUCUGCGUUUCUCUGAGAUUAGUAGAGCAGUUGUGUUAUAAACAUGGAUUUUUAUCGCAAUAUUUCUUUGAUUAAUAUGUUGAAAUGUUUCAUACUUGAAGGCUCUGCGUACCAAUGUCUGGGUUUAAAAAAAAAAAAAAAAGGAAA